CGCACGCCACCUAUAUUAACUGCGUCGCCUGAAAGCACAACUCAUUUCCCGACUAGCGAACCGUGUUAUUUUGACUCAAUUCGUGGUUGUAUUCAUUUACUAAAGCACUUUACACUAUUUUUACUACUUGCUAAAAAGGUUGAUACACUAAAAUUCAACAAUUGUUCGGUCAUUUGCGACCCCUUCGUACAUUAAUUAAAAAAAAUAGAAUAGACAUAUCACUAUGCGAGUCUGUAUCGCUUACAAGUAAUUUCUUCUUAUUUUAUUCUGUCGCUCUACCGUUCUAUGAACGACUGGCCUGAAAUAUGCCAACGAUAACAAAAUGGCGUUCGCCAAGAUUCAUUCCCUUCGCAAUUUGACAUUUAAUUUAACAACAUUAGUGGCGAAAUAUCAACAAAACGACAUGAACAUAAUAAAACUGAUGCCUGCAGUCGUUCGAUCGAUUCCAUGUCGUAACUCGAGUUUUAGAAGUUCUAAACCAGUCGAAGAAGUUAGUAAUUUACCUGAAUAUGAAAUUAUUCCAAAUCCUCCAGAAUGGAAAUUUGUAGAGCAACUGUUACCCCUAAAGGCAGUGCCAAAUCCUAUUAUGAAAGAAUCUUACCCCUCAGGGUGGAAACCUCAAGAUCCAUCGUGUGUAAAUAAUCCGUACUAUAUUGCAAGAACUAGAAAUCAUAUGCUACCAGUAUAUUUAAAAUUAUCGCACAGAAAUUUGAGAAAACUGACUCAAGUAAAGAGAAUUCAAGGUGAUAUUUGGAAAUUAGCUUCAGAGUUGAAAGAAUAUACGGAACAAAAAAUGAAACGAAAGGUAGCAACACAAGUGAAUGAAUUAGCAGGUCAAAUAUUAUUAAAAGGUGAUUAUGUAGCUUAUGUCGAAGAGUAUUUAUUAAAUAAAGGUUUUUAA